AUGGCGUGCCGAGCCGCCGCCCACUCGGGCAGCUGGUACAAUGCAGACCGUAAGAAUAACUCACACAGCACAACCGCACCACCUCGGUGAAGCCGCUCGAUGUGUGUGUGUGUGUGUGACGAGAGAGACCUUCCUCUCACAUGUGCUGUGUUGUGUUUUGUUGUGUGUUGUGUGUUGUGUGUGCUGUGUUGUGUGUGUUGUUCAGCUGACGCGUUGGGUCGUGAGCUCGAUGGCCUGUUGAGCGAGGCGUCGCAGUCGGCGAUGCACGCCAAGGCCCUCAUCUGCCCACACGCGGGGUACCAGUACUCCGCCAAGACGGCAGCCUGGGCAUGGAAAAAUGUCGACCCGAAGAGAGUGUAAGCCAAGCCGCACACUGACUGACAGGCCACAUAAGAGGACCACACACGAGUGUGUGCGUGUGUGUGUGUGUGUGUGUUGUGUGUGUGUUGGUCGCAGUCACCGUGUGUUUGUGUUCGGCCCCUCCCACCAUGUGUAUCUGCAGAAGUGUGCCCUGCCCGAGCGGUCCGUGACGCACUACGCCACGCCAUUCGGCACCAUACCCCUCGACACCGAACGUAUGCACACACACAAAAACACACACACUCACACACAAGUCGUAAGACUCGUGCGUGUGUAUGAGUGUGUUGUGUUGGUGUGUGUGAUUGGUUCAGUGUUGGACGAGUUGCGGGGCAUGCAGGGUUACUUUGAGGAGUUUCCGCUGCAGCAUGACCAGAACGAGCAUUCUGUCGAGCAGCAGCUCCCAUUCCUGCACUUCAUCAUGAGGGGGUGCGGUACACACACACACCGAGAGAGAGACAGAGAGAGAGAGAGAGAGGCCCUCAUAUGACUGACAAACGGCCCUUUCUCUCUGUGUGUGUGGUUCCUUCCUGUGUUUUGUGUGUCUGUGUGUGUGUGUGUGUGUCAGUCAUGCGUUCACUUUGGUGCCCGUAGUGGUUGGUGUGACGUCCGCCCAGGACGAGAAGACUUACGGAGAGCUCUUCGCUAAGUACUUCGCCGACCCGGUAAUAGGUGGACUUGAGGGGGGGACGGUGUGGCCUCGCCACUUUCAAUGCGCUCAUGAGUGGGAGGGAGCGUGUCUGUCGUGUGUUCUGCUUUGUCCCUCCUCUUCAGGGCACCAUGUUUGUCAUCUCGUCUGACUUUUGCCACUGGGGCAAGAGGUAGGGUAGGGUAGGCGUCUGGCUGUGCUGUGUGUGCAGACAAGGCAGGCAAGGCGAGAGAGAAGAGAAGCCUUCGAUGGAUGCCGCUUUGACCUCAGUGCUGUGUUUCUCGUGUGUGUCUGUCUGUGAGCAGGUUUCGUUACACGUACCUCAAGCCCGAGUCGCAGGGCAAGCACAUCAACGACGCCAUAUCGGUAAGUACUGACACACUCAUGGCAGGCAGGCAGGCAGGCCGUACAGUCGCGCAGCGCCUGCACCUGUGUGUUCCCUCCGUUUCCUCUGUGACAGGACCUGGACCGUCAGGGCAUCGCGCUCAUCGAGCAGCACAAGGCCGAAGGUAAAUCACAAUAGAGAAGGGUUGAGGGAAGGAUGGCUCGGUUUCCGUCGCGUGAACGAGUGUGUGGUGUGUGGUUUAUGUUGUUUGUGUGUUGAUGUGGAUCCGAUCAGCCUUUGCGUUGUAUCUUAAGAUCCAGGGCAACACCAUCUGUGGGAGACAUCCGAUUUGCAUCCUACUCAGGGUGGGUAGAGACAGAGAGGAAGAGAACACACACUCACACAACACACAGAGGGGGAGAGAGAGAGCCCCGGAGAGAGAGAGAGAGAGAGAGAGACUACACUCGCCAAUUGUGUGUUGCGUUGUGUGUAUCUAUCUAGAUGCUGGAGAGGCUGCCGCCCGAAUUGCUGUCGUGCCUCCAUACCAAGAUGGUCCACUACAGCCAGGUAGGUACACGCGCGACUCACCACAGCCACACGCAGACACGCACACCAUGUCUGUCUGUUCGUUGUCCUGUCCUUGGUCAGUCGUCUCGCGUCGAGUCCCGUGACGAUUCGUGUGUGGCCUACGCCGCGCUCGUCACCGCCCUGCAGAUAGCACACGAGCCACACCCAUCCGCUUCGGGCGCAUAGCAGAGCAGAGCAGAGCAGCCGAUCUGGGUCGUGGCGAUUGG